UCUUAUGUUUCCGACCGUACUCUUUAAGCGACGAACCAAACACCACUGUAUCUGCUGCUGUCGUUCGUUUACUUCUGAAUUUGCCUCAGCUUUUCUUUAUUAGAUUCGCUUCCACUGUAAGCGAAACAUUUUAUGCUCAAGGCUCAUCAGGCCAGAUUGAAAGCUGCAGAUUUUGUGGGGAAAAGAAAUAAUUUUGUUAAUCAGUCAUGCUGCUGGUGGACGCCGGUGUGUACAUCGGCACUGCGGGCGACCUGAACGACAGGCAGGCGUUGGACGCUGCGUCUGUUACUCACAUCCUGUCUGUGGACUCUGUGGAUCCCUCCCUGCUGCUCCCUGCUGAUAGGAAGCUCUCCAGGAAGUGGAUCGACGUUCUAGAUGAAGCCGCGUCUGAUCUCCUCAGUCACAUGGAUGCCUGUUUUGUCUUCAUUGAGGAGGCGGUUAAAGCGGGUGGGGCAGCACUCGUUCACUGCCAGGCGGGGAGGAGCCGCAGUGCCACCAUCGUAACGGCGUAUCUGAUGAAGAAACACCAGCUGGGCUUCGCUGAGGCCUACAACAAACUGAAAAGUCUCAAACAGGAUGUCCAGGUGAACAGUGGCUUUGAGGAGCAGCUGCAUCUCUAUGAAGCCAUGCACUGCGAAGUGGAUCCAUCCAGUCCUUCCUACAAACAGUACAGACUGCAGAAGGUCACAGAGAAAUACCCGGAGUUACAGCAGGGCGCUGCAGAGUUGCCCAGAGAGAUUUUUGCAUGUGAUCCCGCCCACUCCAACUCCUCUGAAUUGUCUUACAGAUGCAGAAAAUGCAGACGGACUCUGUUUCGCGGCUCCAGUAUUCUCAGUCAUUCUGUAGGAGAGGGAGCGUCGGCCUUCAGUCACAAGAAGCCCAGUAACCUCACAGGAGAAGUCCAGUGUACGUCGUACUUCAUCGAGCCGGUUCAGUGGAUGGAGCCGGCGUUACUUGGAGUUAUGAAUGGACAGCUGCUCUGUCCAAAAUGUCGCUCCAAGCUGGGCUCGUUCAGUUGGUGUGGAGAUCAGUGUUCGUGCGGCCGCUGGGUCAUGCCCGCCUUCCAGCUGCAUCGCAACAGGGUAGACGAGAUCCGGCUGCUUCACAUUGAGAAAUAACACACACACAUACACACAUCCCUCACUCAGGAGCCAAUCUUAGUAUGGUUCACAUUUUAUGUAAUGGUAAAAAUGUAAAAAUCUCAAAAAAUGUAAAAAUUUAUAAGAACUAUUUUCAGUGAAUAAUAUCUUUGCUGAGCUUACAUGUGACUGUAAAUGUAAUACACCUGUAAAUAUUGUAUUCAAAUAAAAAAAAAAAUGGAGUGGCACUCAGUAAACGCA